UGCUAAUAGUUGUCUCUCCCUGUUGUUCGAUUCUGUGGGUUGAUCUUGGUGUUUCAGUUUUCAGUCGUCUCUUCUUCACUCUGCCUGCAUCUUUCUCUUUCGCUCUUCAGCUUUUCCCCUUCGAUUUACUCUUAUCUUUCUUUAACUACCAUAUAAACAAUACUAUGGCGAGCGGUCAUGUGACUAAGCGAGCUAAGUAUAAGACCACUAUCAAGGAUCCUGGAACUCCCGGUACUCUUAGAAUGACGUUAGAGAAAAUUUUAUUUGUACCUCAUAACCCUAAAUCAGCCGUGAAGCUUGAUGUCGAAUUUCAAUACAUCAAAGGUCAAAAGCAUACAAAGGAGGGGUCGAACAAGCCACCGUGGCUUAACCUUACUAACAAUCAGAAUGGGAGUUUCAUCUUUGAGUUUGAAAAUUAUUCAGAUCUCCAAGAUUGUCGAGAUUUUGUGGGGAAAGUUCUUGCAAAGGGUGGAGAAGUUUCUGAAAAGCCUUCUGUUGCAUAUCCUGAUGAACAACUCAGUGCCGCUGAAAUGGAGCUACGUAUUAAGUUAUUACAGGAAGAUAGUGAACUGCAGAAACUUCACAAGCAAUUUGUGCUUAGUGGUGUCCUCACAGAAGCUGAGUUUUGGGCAACACGGAAGAAGUUACUGGAUAGAGAGGCCAGUAAAAAGACAAAACAGAGGCUGGGUUUUAAAAGUGCGAUGAUUUCUGACAUCAAGCCAUCAGCUGAUGGUCGGACAAACAAAGUCACAUUUAAUUUAACCCCAGAGAUCAUUCUUCAAAUUUUUGCCGAGAAGCCAGCUGUUCAUCGUGCAUUCUUAAGUUAUGUUCCUAACAAGAUGUCAGAAAGGAAUUUCUGGACCAAAUAUUUUAGAGCAGAAUACCUACAUAGUACGAAAAACAGUAUUGCUGCUGCAGCCGAGGCUGCUGAAGAUGAGGAGCUUGCUGUUUUUCUAAAGCAGGAUGACAUAUUGGCAAGUGAAGCGCGGAGGAAGAUCCGUCGGGUUGACCCAACUCUGGACAUGGAGGCUGACGAGGGUGAUGAUUAUACACAUCUUCCUGAUCAUGGACUCUUUCGCGAUGGUAAUAAGGAAAUGGCAGAAUCACAAAAUGAGCUAUACAAAAGAACUCUAUCCCAGGAUAUUAACCGGCAUGCUGCAGUUGUUCUCGAGGGAAGAACUGUAGAUGUGGAGUUGGAAGACACAAAGGCUGUAGCAGAAGCACUUGCUCAGUCAAAACGGGAAUCAUCGAAGAAGGGAGAAUCUGAUGGGGAUACAAGUCGUGAGAGGUUGGAUAGGUUAUCAAGGAUGACUGAAAUAGAAGAUCUUCAGGGAUCAAAUAAUCUUCCAUUAGCACCUCUUUGCAUUAAGGAUCCUCGGGAUUAUUUUGACUCUCAACAAGCCAAUGCACUUAGAACUUCUGGAGAUGCACUUGGUGGAACUGAACAGAUAAAAUGCAGUUUGAGCAUCCCGGAGGUGUAUUGUUCUUUAAGGGCUUCUAUCUCGUUGAUCAAAGCUAUGGGUUUGAAUGAGCCUAUUGUCAAACCCGAAGUUGCUCAUCAAGUUUUUGAUGCUUUGACUUAUAGUAUCUCCAAUACUAAACAUAAUAUUGGGAAAAAUCCUCAAGAGAGUGUUCUGGACAGGCUACCAAGGAAAACUAAGGAGGACCUAUUGCAUCAUUGGACUUCAAUCAUUGAACUACUAAAACAUUUUUGGUCAUCAUAUCCUAUCACCACCUCUUACCUCUAUGCAAAGGUUAACAGACUGAAGGAUGCCAUGUCAAAUAUCUAUCCACAAUUAGAGGAGAUUAAGGGUUCUGUCCCGUCGGAGCUUCGGCAUCAGGUUUCCCUCCUUGUUCGUCCAAUGCAUCAGGCCCUAGAUGCCGCCAUUCAACAUUAUGAAGCUAGCAUGCAGAAGAGAUCCACACAGAGUGGAGAGAAACCGAAUGGAUACGUCUAGGGAAACUUUUCCAUUGUCGUAAUAUAUGUCGUCUUCUUGUACAAACCUGUAUAACCGUGGACCUGGUGCGGUCGGCGGGUGUUUUCGCGACCAGGCUCCCAAAAGGAGCCUAAGAUCAAUUUUGUUAUCGAGGGGGUUUUGGUUCAUGUCUAAACAAACAUCACAGUUGCACAUGCAA